GCAGCGGGAGGGAAACAUAUACCAGUUUAGAUCUGCAUCCUUAGCACUCUCACUUAGAACUCUCAGUACUCUCAGAUACACCUUUAUUUUAUACCUUUAUUUAACAAGACAGUUCAGAACAAAGUCCUCGCAUCUGAGCACAACAGACCUUAGCUAGCUGCUUUCAUACUUAAACGUAACACACACUGUACAGUCAGGACACCAAACCCCCAGGACCACUAGACAAGAUGAUCUUUCUGAUGGACCUCCAGAUGAUGCUACUGGACGUGAUCUACUUUAUCCUGCGUGGAUCCGUGCGGAUCGUCUUCCGGCCGCGCACCAAGCCCAUUGACGGCGAGCUUGUCCUCAUCACAGGGUCAGGGGGUGCCCUGGGGCGUCUCUUCGCCCUGGAGUUCACCAAACACGGGGCAGAGGUGGUGCUGUGGGACAUUGACGCUAACAACAAUGAGGAGACAGCCAGGCUAGUGAGGGAGGCGGGGGGCAAGGCGUACCCCUACAGGGUGGACGUCACCAACCGGGUGGAGGUGUACCGCACGGCGGACAAUGUGCGGACGGACCUGGGCCGUAAUGUCACCAUGCUGGUGAACAACGCCGGGGUGGUUGCCGGGGAACGGCUGAUGGACUGUCCGGAUGAGCUGUUGGAGAGGACCAUGAAGGUCAACUGUCACGCCCUCUUCUGGGUAAGACUGCUGCUUCUACUGUUGUUACUAUGUAGGCCAGAUAACACUUUAUAGAACUGGGCCAGGGGACUCUUAUCAGCUGGUGGAAGAGAGGGUGGCAUGCGGGUAUCAUCCAACUGUAAUCUCAGAACCCAGAACCAAAUCUGGUGUGUGCUGGCCAGCUACUCAAUUUGACAUUUGACACAUAUGUUAAUAGUCUGUCACAAGAGACUAAUUCCACUGUGAUACUCUGUAGUGAUGAUGACAGUUAAAUUCUGUCCAUAUAGUAAAUGUACCAUAUAGUUCUGUUGACGGUCAGGCUUUAGGAUGUGGGGGUUGAGGAUUCCAUGACUUAUUGUCAUUGAUGUUAAUCAGACGGAUUAUUAAAAUCUAUAAUUAUACAGGCUCCCAUCACCAGCAAAUAGCAUCAUUUUGUACAAAGUUUGAUAUGCAAUAUGCAGUCAUAUCAAUAAUAAUAGGUUUUAUAUACAAAUGUUUCUGUUUCCAGGCUCUGUCCUAGCUGGCCGUGACCGGGAGACCCAUGGGGCGGCGCACAAUUGGCCCAGCGUCGUCCAGGGUAGGGGAGGGAAUGGCCGGCAGGGAUGUAGCUCAGUUGGUAGAGCAUGGCGUUUGCAACGCCAGGGUUGUGGGUUCGAUUCCCACGGGGGGCCAGUAUGAAAAAAGUAAAAAAUAAAAAAUAAUGUAUGCACCCACUAACUGUAAAUCGCUCUGGAUAAGAGCGUCUGCUAAAUGACUAAAAUGUAAAUGUUUCUCAGAGCAGGAUCCUACAGGCUGCGUUUACACAGGUAUGCCAAUUCUGAUAUUUUGCCACAAAUAGUUUUUUUUGACCAAUCAGAUAUUUCAGAUAUUUUGUCAAUAAUUGGGAAAAAUAUCAGAAUUGGGCUGCCUGUAUAAAUGCAGCCAUAGUGAUACAAGGGCUAUAGGGGUAACAUGAAGAAGAAAAACCUACUGGUAUGUGAAAACAGACUAUCAGACUAUAACUUUACUCCUAAAUCUUUGCAUUGCGAAAGAGAAAUUCCAAGCCGUUUUAUCCCUGUGUACGUCAGUAUUAUCCCUCCCUAUACGUCAGCUAUAGUCAGACGUAUACAGUGCAGUUUAUUGUUCUUAAUGUGUCACAUGACACGUGUGAAAUGUACAACUUUAAUAAGUUCUUAUCCCCUUAGCUGAGCGACAACACCCCAUACAGCGAGCCUAUUAAAGUGACACACACACAGCCAAUUAAAGGGCUAGGGGAUUCCCUCCCUGAUCCUCUUACAGUGGGGAACCGUAAGCCUGCUUCACAUUAAGCAACUUUUAAGAAGCUUAGCUAGACAGAACUCCCAUAAGGACUGCAGUACAAUAAUACUGCAUCAUUUUGCUCAUUCAAAAUGUUCAUGGACUAUUUAGCUAUUAAUCUCAUUAUUUCUACUCCUGAUAGUCAGUAAUUGUGUUUAUCGAAUAACAGUCUCUGUGUAUGUGUGUGUGUGUUUGUGUGCAUGUCCACCUGGUUGUGUGUCCGUGAUUGCCUGUGUGUGCCUGUCUGUCCGUGUGUGUACCUGUCUGUCCGUAUGUGUUCGUGUGGACCUGUCUGUCUGUGUGUGUCCCAGAUGGCGAAGGCCUUCGUUCCCCAGAUGAAAGAGCAGAACCAUGGACACAUCAUCACCGUCGCCAGCGUCCUGGGUCUCUUCAGCACUGCCUGUGUGGAGGUGAACCAGGGAGGAUAUAACACAUAUGAGAGAAUAUGACUGAUGUUUAUUACUGUCUUGUUGCUGUUUAUUACCGUAAAUAUUAUUUAACUAAGAAUGGUAUUACUACAGUUAUUACUGUGUAGUGACAUAGGUAAGAGGGUAACCUAUGGUAAAGUGUAGUGUAUCUUAGCCUCUGUAACUUAGCCUACUGUAUGUAUGUGUUACUGUGAUGUUGUAAAUGUGUUCAUAUUCACAAAGCAUCUCAGAGUAGGAGUCCCUGAUAUACGAUCAGUUUUGCCUUUUAGAUCAUAAUGAAUAAGAUUACAUGGACAGGAUGGACCUGAUCCUAGAUCAGCACUUACUCUGAGACUUCAUGAAUAUGGGCCCUGAUGUCUCAGUGGUGUUUCUGUUUGAGCCAGGAUUAUUGCGCCAGUAAGUUUGCGGCGGUGGGAUUCCACGAGUCCCUGGCCCACGAGCUGCUGACUGAGGAGUUUGAUGGAGUCAAGACCACUCUGGUGUGCCCCUAUAUUGUCGACACGGGCAUGUUUGACGGGUGCAAGAUCCGGUGAGAGAAACUAUGUGCUGGAGAAAAGGCGGGACUAAAGAGGGACUAAGGGCAACUUUGUUGUGGGUCAAUCACAGACUGAUAUUGCAGGUGUAAGCCUACCUCAUACAAUCAUACACAGUGGUUUAUCAUUUGACACAGAACAUAGGCUUACUACAGUAUGUUUCAGAAAGUUGUAGUUGUAUGUCUAACAUUCUGAUGUGGUGAAACUCUUUUCUCUCUGCUGCCCCCCUCAGGGAUGAGGUAGCACUGUUCCUGGCACCGCUUGAGCCUAGGUACUGUGUGGAGCAGGCCAUGAACGCCAUCCUGAUCGACCAACCCCUGGUUUGCAUCCCACGCCUCACCUACCUGCCCGUCAUCUCCCGAGCGUGAGUACACAUUGAUUGAAUAAACUUUAUAGAUCACCCACUCACUUGUCUUCGCUAGCUCCUUGGAGCGGUGCGGAGCGCCUCGACAUUUGUCUCUCCACAACCUCCUGUUCUGGGCCAGGUCCCAGGCUGAUGUGGUGUUGAGUCCCAGGUUGUAGGUCUUCCUUCAUUUGGUCGGACCAAUUGUUUUUUCACCAGCAGCACCCUCAGGUGCUCUGAUGAAGGCAUAGUGCCACCAUUUCCCAAUGUUCUUUAACUUGAGAUUUCAUUUGAAGUCAUUGUCCUAUAUGGCAGAGCACCCAGCUAAUAAAGCGAGAUAGCGCACCUGUUACCCACUUUCACAUCAAACAUAGUGUUUGUACAGGACACCCUGACAUGAUACAGCCAGAUUACCUUUGACCUGUGUAACUGCACUCUUCUUCCUCAUCCUGCAGGCUGUUGCCGUGGGAGUCUAACGUGGUGACCUAUCGGUUCAUGGGGUCAGACAAGUGCAUGUACCCCUUCAUCGAGAGCAAGAGGAACAAGCUGACCAAUGGAGGACCUACCCUGAUUGCAGCUAACUAACUCUCCCUGUCAAUUCAGUCUCUACAGAUAAAAUCUAAGGGCCAGUUUCCCAGACAUAUUAGUCCUGGACUAAAAUUCUCCAUUGAGCAUGCUUUUU